CAGAAUGAGAAAGAAAGAUAAAAGAACAGAAGAAAGAAAGAAAGAAAGAAAGAAGUGACUCUCCAGUCAUCCAUUCUGCUCUCUCUCUGUUAUUUGAAAAUAUUUCAAAAGAGCAAAAUCAAAUAUUUCAACACAGAGCAGUGAGCAGAACACUCCCUCUCCUUAAAGACCUUCCCUUUCUCUCUAGGAGUGGGGUAGGGACUACAAUGGCAGAGAAGGGAGAGCUUCGAUUCGGCCGGCAUUGUCCUCUGCUUCUGAUCCAUGCAGUCCUCCUCACCCUCCUCCUCGCCGUCGCUGGAGCUUUCGACUAUGCCGACGCCCUCGCCAAGAGCCUCCUCUACUUCGAGGCCCAGCGCUCCGGCCGCCUUCCCUACAACCAGAGGGUCACCUGGCGGGACCACUCCGGCCUCACCGACGGCCUCGAACAAGGAGUGGAUUUGGUAGGAGGGUACUAUGAUGCUGGGGACCAUGUUAAGUUCGGGCUGCCGAUGGCAUUCACGGUGACAAUGCUGUCGUGGAGUGUGAUCGAGUACGCCGAACAGAUCGAUCAUGCUGGAGAGCUGGAGCAUGCCCUCGACGCCAUCAAGUGGGGCACCGACUACUUCGUCAAGGCGCACACCAGCCCCAACGUCCUCUGGGCCGAGGUGGGAGAUGGAGAUACGGAUCACUACUGCUGGCAGCGGCCAGAGGACAUGACCACAUCGAGGCGGGCAUACAAGGUGGAUGAGAACAAUCCCGGGUCAGACCUCGCCGGGGAGACUGCCGCUGCCAUGGCCGCCGCCUCCAUAGUCUUCCGCAAAUCAAACCCGCAUUACGCUCACCUCCUCUUACACCAUGCCCAGCAGCUGUUUGAGUUUGGGGACAGGUACAGGGGAGAGUACGACAGGAGCGUGGAGGUGGUGAAGAGCUACUAUGGAUCGGUGAGCGGCUACAAGGAUGAGCUGUUGUGGGCGGCACUGUGGCUUCACAGGGCCACCGACAGUGAGUUUUACCUCAACUACGCCAUCGACAAGGCCCAUUGCUUCGGGGGCGUCGGCUGGGCCAUGACCGAGUUCAGCUGGGACGUUAAGUACGCCGGCCUCCAAGUCAUGGCCUCUCAGCUGCUUAUGAAAGCAAAGCACAAAACUCAUGGUCACAUACUCGAGUUGUACCGGUCGAAAGCUGAGUACUACAUAUGCUCGUGCCUUGACAUGAACAAUGGCACGGAUGUCGAGCGCACUCCAGGAGGCUUGCUCUACGUGCGCCAGUGGAACAAUAUGCAGUACGUGUCGUCGGCCGCGUUCCUCCUAACAGUGUACUCGGAUUUAAUCAGCAGUUCAAACAAGAAGCUUCAAUGCCCCGGAGGACUAGUCGACCACGAGGAGAUCCUGGCCUUCGCGAAAUUCCAGGCCGACUACAUUCUUGGGUCGAACCCGAUGAACAUGAGCUACCUGGUGGGGUAUGGCCCAAAUUAUCCUAGGAGGGUACACCACAGAGGGGCCUCGAUCGUGUCGUACAGGGAGUACAGGGGGUUCAUUGGGUGCACUCAAGGAUAUGAUAACUGGUACGGACGGCCGGAGCCAAACCCGAAUGUGGUGACCGGGGCGCUGGUCGGUGGACCCGACUGCCAGGACAACUUCUUGGAUCAACGGGGGAAUUACAUGCAGACCGAGGCCUGCACGUACAACACUGCUCCGUUGGUGGGAGUCUUUGCGAGGUUGAUGCAAUUAGAGAGACCCAUUCAAGAGCUUGGUCGGGGAAGAAGUUUUCCUCUGCUGGCUUCAUAUAAGAAGAAAUAAUUAUGAACUUAAUAAAAUAUAGGAAAAUAGUGCAUAUUGGGUUUUUGUUAAGAUAAGAAAAUAAAAUGAGAGGCCGGACUAAGUUGUUCAGCCCUUUCAGCUGCAAAAAUCAAGUUUUUGUCCAAUUUUUUUCAAUAAGAUUACCAGAAUUUACUUGA